AUGGUCCCCGGGCGCUACCAGAUCGUCAACUUCACCCUCGAUCGAACGUUCGAUAUCACACAACUGUGUGUACACUCUUUCAACCGUCACAAUGCCUCAGGAUAUGCCCCCUACUGGGGGAUAUCGCCCGGUCCAGUACAAGGUACUCUCUUAUUUCUUAUCUCUGGUCAUUGGGCCUUGACUUCAUUGUACGAUAUGGCUAACGACCUGACACAGCGCAAUGUACCUGUUCGAGGGUUCCGCCCUGUCUACUAUCUCAUCGGAAUGCAUGCUAUAAUGGCGUAUGGCCUGUAUAAACUUUUCAUCGGCACCCGCGAGCGAAAUGAACUUGCCCGAGAAAAGAUUUGGUCUCGCAUCCACCUUAUUCCACUCCUCCAAGCUGAGGAAGAUCGAGAUCAAGCAAGACGUUACUUCGCAGACAAAGCAAGAGAGAAGGAAUUGCUUGGAACCGAUACCAAAAUUUACAAUUCUGAUAGAUUCGUGAGACCAACCUUCAUGUAUACCCCAUCUCCUUCGAAAUAG